AUUGAAUAUUUUUGCCGGGGUAAUGCACAAUGCAAGCUAUCCCUCUAGCGCUCAAUUGAUUUUUGGCAUGUUCAUUAUGCUUUUGUUGGGAAAAUUUUGUCGAUUUUGAUUCACGAAUGGUCAAAUAUGUGACUACUACAGGGAGUGAGUUUAAUGCAGUAUAGAAUAUUCUGUCCUUGUUUUAUCGCGUGGACCUAUAUUGUAUAUUGAUCACGCGCCACUGCCGCUUACACACUGCUGUGUGUUUACUGACUGCUGGUGCGGUUGUGUGCGGCAGUCUACUCCAGUGUGAUAGAAUUUGUUGAAGCUAUCGUGGUUUUCCCCUGCGUGACCAAGUAGGUGGGAUGUUUUGACUAUCGCGUUUAUUGUCAACGGUUUACGGAUCACCUGAAGUGGUGAACAGUGUUGUGGAUUCGAAGCCUGGUCUGCGGGCAUUGGAGAAAUGGCGAAACAGUUGAACAAAGACAAACAACGCUACGAACAUGAAAAAUCGGAAUUCAUUGAAGGACUUCGAAAUUUCCAUUAUAAUCGAGGAACAAGUUUUCAUCUGACACCAAAAUGUGGAAACAUAGAUGUGGAUCUUUACUUAUUAUACCAGAAUGUUACAUCAAGGGGUGGUUGGAAAAAGGUGACAGAGGACCAGCUAUGGGAGGAGAUCCUUGGAGAAAUGAAGAUGCCAGUGGCGUGUCUCAAUUCUGACCAGGCUCUCAAAAUCAUUUAUAUCAGGUAUCUGAACAUUUAUGAACAGAUCCAUUUCCUGGGUGAGGACCCCAAGACUGCAGACGGUCGCCGCGACGAUGAGGGACCAAUCAGAAAGAAGCAGUGCGGUCCGCAAUACAACGUGCAUCUCUCCUACAACUACAGUCAACAUGACAUAGCAGCCAAUCUGCGUGGAGGUAUGGGUCUGUGCACCAGCUAUGCGCGGUACAGCGACUACGAGAAGCUAGAGAAGUCCCUCAUGUCCGGCUUGCCCAACGAGGUAGACUUUGUGGUAAACGUGUGCACCCUGCUGUCUAAUGAGAGCAAACACACGCUGCGUCUCGACAGGUGCUGUACGCUUGUCAGACUGCUUAUGGCACACUGCGGACUCUUCGAUGAAGAGCCCGAUUCGUUUGAGAGACUGUAUGAAAACUGUUGGAGGAAAAACUCUGAUCGGGACUUUACACGGUUCUGGUUUGAUACAGUCCAUCAUCCUGAGGCUAGAAAGAUAAUUUCUUACACAAGGGAAGACAAACGCUGCCUGUGUGGCUCUGAAGUGCUGCAGCUGGGGAGGAACCUGGGGGUGGAGGACAAGGAGGGCAUUAGAAUCACACAGAUUGCAAUAAUCAUCAGGAAUCUUUCAUUUGAUGCUGUCAAUAUGAAAAUACUGGCAAACAAUUAUCUUGUAUUUAGGUUUCUGUUGCUAUGUAUCCACUGUGAGUACGGUACCCUGCGUCAGCUGGGACUGGAUACCAUAGGCAACCUGGCCGGCCAGUUCAUACUGGACACAGCAGACCCACGGUGUAACACCAUGCUGGACCUCAUUGUCAACUUUAUCUCAUCGAACGACAAAUUUGCCGUUGUCACUGGUCUGGAGAUGGUGAGCAAGCUAAGUCGCCUGGAGGACAACGAGUACGUGCUGUCAGAGAAGCUGGACUCGAGUGUGUACGAGGAGAUCAGCAAAUACCUGACCAUCCACGACAUCCAGCUCAUAGUGUACAGUCUGGAGGCACUCUACCAGCUCUCAGAGAUAGGGGAGGUCACCAAUAACAAGAUAGCAGAGACAUCUAACACUGUCGAGACCCUGAUCUCGCUGAUCACAGUGGAGGCGCAGUCGUACGGGCCCAACUCUCUGAUAGGGAUCAAGGUGGUGGAGUACUGUCCCCCGCCACACCUCACAGGCGGCCCCGUGGAGGGGACAACAGGUUCAGUGGGGCCCCCGGGGGAGGCAGCCCCUCAACCACUGAGCCCUGGACAGACAACCGGGGCAGCCCCUCAACCAAUGAGCCCUGGACAGACACCCGGGCAACCCCCCACUCAGAAGAAGAGCGGUGCAGACAAGAUAGUGCCCCCAGAACCCCCUGUGCCUCCCUCACCCCUGGAGGUCUCCACUUGUAACUGGUUACAGGCGAGCUACCACUCGACGGGCCCUGCUGAUGUUGUGUCACAUGUCCAUCUGUACAAGGAGUACCUGGCGUUCUGUACCAAGUUCCAGCUGGCUCAACCUCUCUCAUCCAGGGAUUUCCUCAAAACAUUACAGAUUGUGUUUCCCAAGAGUGCUAGUGUGAUGAUACAGAAGGCUGAUGGGGUGAGGGAGAUGUGUGUACAGGGGCUGAGGAAACGCCCUUCACAGCUGCCCUUCGCCAUCUCCUGCCCAGGGCCUGCAGCCCCCAGUAGAGUAGUGCCCCCUGUUGUGAGACCUCCAGUCACAAGCGUGAGCUCCCCAGCGCUUGCGCGCAGGCUAAAUUCCCCGCCACCCCGCCACAUCCUGCCUGUGCGGCCCACCUUUGCCACAAACACUCCCAUCUCUGCUGCAGGUGUGCCCACAAACCAGCCAGUCCAAACCAACCAAACCAGCGCUGGCUUGGCCAACCUACAACUACCACACUCCACUUCUCUGCCCUCUCAGGCUCCCGCCACAGUUGCUAUGGUGACCCUGGGUCAUAGUUCGGGUCACAUGAUUCAAGUCAGCGCGCCAGUGAUCAAUAUCAACAGCCAGCAGCGUGUGGCUUGCAGCACUGUGACGGUUCCUUUUAAACAGAUUGGCGGGGGACUGGUAGCCCAGGGGUAUGUAAGCGACCCUCAGCCUCCAACGCCUUCAACCACAUCUAGCAUGGCAAAGACACAGAAUAUCGUGAAGAAAAAGAUUGCGGCUAAGAAGAUUCAGCCGGUUUUACCGAAGGUUGAAAGCUCCAACUCAGGACCCAAUCUUCAGCCUAUUGUCCCCAAGAUUGUGUCAAUGCCAGUUCAAGCGACCAUGGCUCAACCUCAGCAGUAUAUCACCCAGGAGGGUGUCGUGUAUCAGGCAAUACAGGAUCAACAGAACCCAGAAAACAAAGUGUUUGUGAAGACUCUUCUAGCCCAGAAGAUUCGCACUGGGAAUGUCAUUAUUCAGCAGCCCAUACCGGGUGGUGUGAUGAACGUUGACAUUUCUGGCGGGGGAGACGGUCAGGCAAUACAGUACCAGACCAGUUUUCCCCAGCAGACUGCUUUCUUUCAGUACGCCGCCCCACAGGUCAGCGGCACGCAAAACAUCCUACAGAACAAUCAGACUGUCUCAAAUGUCCAGACUUAUGUGGUCCAGCCGAACGGAGAAAUGUACAUGCACACGCCUACGUCCAACAUGGCCCCUCACAUGGUCUCACAGGCUGUGAUGAUGCCGCAGCAACAGCUGAUUGUCUCUCAAACACCUCUUAUGAUGCCUCACCAGUUUGUACCACAGCAGCAGUUCAUUAACGCAUCUCUACAACAAUCUCAAAAUGUCGCUAAAUCUCAAAUCAUCACACACUCACAGUCUGUGUGUGGACAGCCGUUUAUUGUUCAUCCUUCGUCUACCAUCCCAUUGUCAUCAACAGCGGUUUGUGAACCAUCUUCAUCAUUAUCAUCAUCACCUGUAACAUUGCCAUCAUCCUGUUCAUCCUCUUUACAACCUUCAGUGCUAAACUCUUUAUCCGAAUCAUCCGUGAACAAUUCAAAUUAUUUGAUAGACUCUUCAAAUCAUAGUUCUAGUCAAACCAUGUCACAUUCCAUGGAAGGGAAACCAUUUGGUGACAAUAACAAUGUAACUGAAAAUCCUCAAGAAACUGUAGAGCAUUUAGACUUGGAUACCGAAGUGCCGUCCAGUGAAAGUAAUAUCAUAAGUGCUGUGGGGGACGUUUUGAAUCCUACAAACACAAAUAUUUCAACAAGAGCUGAAAUUGAAUUCGCUGUGGGUUCAAUUAUGGAAGACUCAAAUGACGGUGGUGAUGAUGGGCCAGUUAUGAUUGAAAAUGACGGAAAUGAGCUCAUGUUUGAGCAACAAGCUUACGCAAUGGGAAGCACUGAAAAUGCUACAAGGGAAAUUUUUGCAGGGGAUUCAGAGGCUGCCCUGGCUGUUGAACAGCUGGGCCAAAUGGAAGGAACCGAUGAUCAGGAAACUGAAACUACUGUGGUGGAUGAUGCAAUGUGUGGCAGUGAAACAGUGUGUGAGGAUGAGCAUGGAAUGGAUACGAGAGAAACUGUUGAAGCAUAUGAUAAUGCUGUGAUAAGUGAAGAUCAAAUAAUGAAUGAUCAAAUUGUGGAUAACGGUGAAUCAAAUUCAGGCCAUGCCGGAAGUAAAGAAGGAAGUGCUGAGAAAGAAACAGUGCUAUCCGAUGCGGAGUUGAUUGCUAAGUUCAGGGCAGAAACCCCAAUAAAUGUGCCUCUUGUAGCUGAAAAUGGUCUUUUUGAGCAAGAUUUUGAAGCACAAAUGGCAGUAGAAAACUUGCUGAAGGAUGUAGAGUUCAGUGUGAAGGAUGAAGACAGUGGAGAGAUCAAUAGAAUGUUCUCACAGGGCACAGGGUCUUCAAAAACUUCAUCUCAGAAAACUGAUAAAUCACAUGCUGUAGAUGAUAGUAGGAGGCUAAUUGAAUCUCAAAACACUAAAAUGAUAGGAAAUCAUAUUGAAAAACCAGGGUCAGAUUCAGCUGUGAAGCACUCAUUGGAAAAAACAGCAGUAAAUGGUAUUGGUAUGAAUCAUGGGAAGCCUUUAUUGAAUGGCGAUAUAGGUUCACCAGAGAGUCCAUGUGUGCCUUCACCGGGACUUGUGAACGGAAUAGACAAGUUAGUAAAUGGGAUUGGGGACGAAAAGGAAGAAUCCUAUGAUAAGACUGUGGAUAAAGUCCUGAAAAUAAACGGUGUUGUGAAUCAUAAGAUCUCAUCAGAGAAGCAACUUACUUUGACAGACAAUGUGGUAAGUGGGCACAAUGAAAUCAGUGAUAAUGUAGGAGACACUCUGAGCAGUGAAGUGAAAACCAAUGAUAUCCUUGCCCAGAGUAUGAUGGAAAUAGACAAAAGUGACGGUGACUCUAAUUCAUCAGAUAAGGCAGUGGGGGAUGAGGGUGAUAUACUGGCCAGGAGUAUUUUGGAGAACGGUAUACAGCCAGGGGACUGUGAGAUUCCGGACUCCGAUCCGGUAACCAAGCAGAUGAUACCUGGGACCAUGUACGGCAAAAUUAUGACAGUUACAUACAGUGGAAACACCAUGCCAAUACCAUUUGCCAGCAACGCGAUCGUGACAUCAAAUACAAAGUCGAACCAAAUCAAUGUGUGCAAUUCCCGUCACAUACCGACGCCCGAGAGUGCCAGAGAUGGGGAACUCAGUUGUGAUAGCACCUCCUCCUCCAUCGCAAUGUCUGAACUCAGCCUGGUCAUUAGCGAGAAACAUUCCAGUAGCAAAAACCAAUCAAAGUCUGGUAGUAAGGAAUCAAAGUCAAAGUCACUUGCAAGCCCUAAGGCUGUUUCAGUCGACAGCAAAAAGUCAAAGUCAGCUUCUAAGAAGCGCAGUCGCUCCAAGUCAGGGGGCAGCGGGAGUUCAGACUCGCGUCCUUCGUCUGCGACCUCCCCGGGGGUGGCAGCCACGCCCCUUCCAGAGUUCAUGUGCGAGUGGACCAACUGCAGGCAGUGUUUUGACAACACGAGGAAGGUGUUUAGCCAUGUGGCCAGUGCUCACCUGAGAACAGAGUAUGACGGGCUCUGUAAGUGGGACGGCUGUGAGGCACUCAUACGCAAGCGAUGGUCCCUCUUUACUCAUGUACAGGACCACCACUGUUCCGAGAGUUCUCUGCGCGUGGCUGCCCAGCGCCGCCUGCAGGCCUUCCAGACGGGUCAGAAGAUAGCGGCGCCCACUGUGCCUGCCAUGGUGUACCCGAACGACGCUGCAAACCAGGCCAUUAAGAGAUAUCUGCCCAAGCCACCCUAUCCAGAGUUCACAGAAGGGAGAGAGGGUCCGGUAACGAAGCACAUCCGUCUCACGUCUGCUCUCAUUCUGCGUAACCUUGCAAGAUACUCACGGGAAGGCAGGAGUGUACUGAGGAAGCAUGAGAGGCUUAUCAGCUACAGUUGUAUGAGUGCUGUGGAGGCCUCCACUGCGCUGGCCAGCUGUCUGCAGGAGCUACAGAGACCCUAGCCUGCGCACCCCCCACCCUAUACUACCAAGCCUCUAUCCCCCAACCCCCCCUCCUUGAUGACAUGGCAUCAACACCCUCGCAUGAAGACACCAAGGUCUUCGGUUCAUGAUGCUGGAUUGAUGCAUGUGGCAAUAUAGGGAAGAUUGUAGAGUUGAGGAGAAAUUAGCGACUUGAGCGAGAAACAAUUGUGUCUGCUUUGAUAUAAGGGGCGCUAUGGGAAAAUGGGGCUAAAUGCAUGUUUUUAAAGUGUCUUCAUAGAUUUCCCUGUGCAAUUGCACAGCCUAAUCAGCCACAACACUUAACGCCUAUACUAGAUUUUGUUAAGAAGGGACUUUCAAUGAAAAAUACUAUAAGAGUGGACUGCACAGACUAAUCUGUGAUGACACUUCAUGCACAGGUACUAAACCCUGAGAUGCUAUUAUCUGAAUCUGGUACAAUUCACCAGGAUGUUAAGUGCUCAUUCCCUCGGACUAUACACUGCUGUCUCAGUUGUGAAGCAUGUUGUGACGUUAAUGUUCAAACUGGACUUGGUUGGACAUACAAGCUGGUGUAGAUGUUUGCACCUAGUUUUGUUUAAAGAUGUUUUGUCAUAUAAUGCUCAUAGGGAGUACGAUGCUCAUAGAUUACUGUUGAAGUACAAAUGCUAAAAGGUUAAGAUUUACUCUUUCAACACUUCAAUACUAAUGAAAUUGCUUUUUAAAAAAUUGAUAGGUUAGAGUAGUAUUGCAACGAAUGUUCAUGAAUCUGUAAAUGAACAUACUUAUGUAGCUUUGUUUGUCUGUAUUAACGGUCAGUAUACCAGUAUAAUUUUGAAAAGGCAAAAGUUUGCAAUGAGUUUCUCUGAUGCAGUGUUUAAGGUUUGGUGUAAAAUGUCACAGAGAAUUUUAUAGGCUGAUUGCAGGAGAGGGCAUUGUAAUCUGUGGUACAGUUUUGUGCUGACAAUGUCAAGUGAACAAAAACAUUUUCUUUUGCUAAGACUAGAAGUUGUUAUAUUCAAAGGAUAGAACAUUUUUUAUUUUAAUGUCAUUAAAAUAUAGGGCUGAGAGUGGAACUAUAUAAUCUGAUAUAGACACGUUCAGCAGAUAGGAGCUGUAUCAUGCCUACAUGGGUCUUAUGGCACAUGUGGCCAGCGUAGCUCACUACCAGUCUGUGCAGUCUGGUCAGGGGCUGCAAUGUCUGCUUUAACCAUUUACCGCUUAGAAACGUAUUUUGACGCAGUUGUAGUCCCCUAGAAAGUUACAUUUUAUUAAAUCCUCUAUGACUAAGUUCAAGUUUUAAAGGCUUAAUUUCGAACCCUUAGAUACUGAUGAGCAGCAAAUAGCAUAAAACCUGAACAGAAUGCGAGUUACUCGCAGCCUGUUCUGGCUUAUGCUGGUUGCAAAAGCCAUUUUGACUUUGCUUCUUAUGGGGGAAAGGGUUAAUGUCAUGCCAGAUUGAGUAGUCUUAUUAAGGGACAUGGACCCCUUGACUAAACUGUGCUAAUGCACAGGCUGGUCUAAGGUGUGCUGGCGGCAUAUUCUGUAAGGCCCAUUUUCGUAUGACACUGCUCAUAACAAAAAAUGACCUCUAAGCCUAGAAUUGUUUGCCUCCUGAAAUAACUUGUUGAUGCAAAAUAAUGCAUCCAUAUUGUUGACUUUCAUGUGAUGUUCUUCUGUAGUAGUAAUUUUUCAUUUGAUCAAAACCUAUAGUAUUCAAAACCAAAUAUUGCUUCAAGGAUGUGUUUUAGGCAUUAUAGGUUGCAUUGAUGAAGCUGCUGCUGCUAUCACAUGUAUAAUGAAUGAUGAUCUCUUACUAAUUGCAUUUGUGGCAGAUGUGAUAGAUAUAUCUAUUUAUAAAUUGAAACUUCCUGUAAACUAGAAGAAGCAUAGACUUGGUUAAAGCCACUAAACUUAAAUAAGUGUGCAAUCUAUAUUCUGGUUUACAUGCGUAUUAAGCCAGACUUAUUUGAAUGUAAAAGAAAGCAUGUUUAAUGAAGUAUGACCAUACAAAACUUCAACAAUUCUGCUUCAUUUCUAAGGAACCCCUUCAAACAAAGUGGUGUCCUGUUUUCCCUGAACAAUCACUCUAUGCCUUAAUUGAGAUGCAUUUAUUAUAACAAUCUUGUAUUAAACAUUUACAAAUUUCUCCACCGCCAUCACAUUAUGCCCUAUUCUUCCCUUCAAUUUGGUUGUACAGCAGCUAUGGGACUAAGCAGGUAUAAUUGUGUCAGAGAACUUGUUUUGGAAGCAAAUUAGAGCCGCAGAUGUCACAGGGUAGGACGACAUUUUCUGCCUAGACUGUUUUAGAAGAGACUUUCUUUAAAUGAAUUAUUUUAAUAAAGCAGAGAGUGUUGUCCCUUUUAGCAUGUGCAGACUGCACAUGCUGGGAUGACACUUUAUGCAUAUACUUAAAGCCUUGUUUUCCCAGUACGUGACCCAUUACAUAGUUUUCAAGUGUUCAUUUUAGUUAAGAAUUGUUCCGAUUUUAUAUGUCCAUAUUUAUGACAACCACAUUUUAAGACUGUGCAUCUAACGUCUGCAAUCGUAGUAGAAAGUAUUCUUUUGCAUUAACCACAACAAUACACUUCCUUUCAUUAUAACGUUUUCCCUUCAAUUUGUGCCCUGAGUGUUCAGCAUUUCAUGUGUUUAUAGGUAUUUUUAGGAAAUGCAUAAGACAUUUUUGCUGUAAAUGAAUGUAUAUUUUUCUUUACUAUUUAUUAUUCUAUAGAUUUUGUACUAUAAAGUGCAUAUUAUCAUAAUUUUGUUGAAUUCUUGUAGCUUAUGUGAAUUAUGUUGAACGUUUACAUGUAUGUAUGUAUCUUGAAUAACUAUUUCAUCAGCUGUUGACAGUCCUUGCUAUAUAGAUAUACAUGUGUUAGCGUAUCGCCAUGUUCACCAUGUUAUAAAUGUAUGAUUAAAAGGUUAUGUCAUAAAAUUUAAAAUAUUCAUGAUAUUGAUUUUUUUUUAUUUAAGAGCCUGUACAUUGUUGUACAAAUUUAUCGUUGUUAAAAUAUUAUGAAAUAAACAGUGAACUCUUCUAUUUA